ACAGCGUCAUGCCGUGCUUGCGUGACCGGUCUUGUAUUUAGGUCACGGAGAUGAGCCACAACAUAGACAGCCCGGAUUUUCUCCAUUGUUGUUUAUUUGGACAUUCGUUUAUGACCCGGUUGCAACGCUACAUGGACUCGAGCCGGAAUUUGAGUAAUUUGAACCUAGAUCAAGGACAGUUUCGUGUGGUAGUGCGUGCCCGUGGGGGUUUACGAAUCGACCAUGUACCCCGCUCACCGAAUAUGUUGUAUUUUACAAACAUUCCACACGUCUGUUUUAUUCAGUUGGGGGAAAAUGACAUAGCCCGUGGGACUGUGGAGCAGAUCUCUCGGGAUCUUAUCUCUCUGGCAUCCUACAUGCACCUCGGGAUAGGAAUCAAAACUGUCAUCAUUGGACAACUCUUCCGGCGUCAGCCAUGGGCGUCAUCAGCGGACUUCAAUUUCAACACAAAAGUCGUGUCUAUAAACUUGAGGUUAAAAGAGCGCUGUAUGCGAGAAGAAGGGAUAUAUUUCUGGCACCAUAGGGGUUUUUGGAGGGACCUAACCUUCUUGUCCAGAGACGGUGUCCAUUUGAAUGACCGAUCACCAAAUAGUCAUGUUGUGACCUCAUCUCCGAUGCACAAAUUUUGGAGGAGUGUCCGCUCAGCAAUUCUUCAUUAUAGACAUACUUAUACCUCACACUUCAGGUCUCAGGGAUGCCACCAAAACGACCCAAGAGAACCGGUUCGGUUACCACGUCAAAGAAAGCAAGGAGAACAUCCCGAUCAAGUUCUGCGACCGCUACAGAAGCAGCCGAGCAUGUCAAUGAUGGGUCCAACACAGCUACAGGUACCUCAGGUUCUCCAUCCCAGGACCAGGCGAUUGAUUAUGACAGACUGGCAAGUGCAAUUUUAAGACAAUCUUCGCCUCAUUCCGCAUUGGACCAAUUUCCUAAUACCCUUGCCAGUGGGGAAAAUACGACUCCCUCAUCAGCAGCGGAAAUCUCUUCUCCGGCUGUGACUCCUCAGAUUGCAGGACUGCAAGCACCUAGUACCACCACUAACAUUGGCACCUUGGUAGACCAAGUCUUUUUAGGUGAGCCAGCAGGGCAAACAAACCCCGAAUAUGGUAAUGCUAAUGUUAUCCUUUAUGAUGGUGUACCGUUAGGCUCCUCAUUAUCCUUCAAAACUAAAUCAAAGAUUUGGAAUAAUGAGUAUAUUGACUUCCGUCAAUUGUUACAUGCAAGAGAGGAACCACUAUCUCUCACUAUUUCUACUGGUGUCAUUAAUCUGCACCAAACCCCACGGUACAAAAACCCCAUUUCAGUAUCUCAAUGGACGGAUGCCUUUUUGGUGUUUACAUCCGUUUACAUUGAAAAGUUCCCUCAUCAAGCCCCACACCUCCUCAAGUAUGCCCACAUGAUACGCGAGAUACAACGCUUACAUGGGGAUAAUGCUUUCAGGUCUUACGAUGAACAGUUUCGUAAACUUAAAGAAUCUGUUAAUGUUCCCUGGCAGAACCCAAUCCAGGAAUUACGUUUAAGAGCUGCUACUCUCCCCAAAACGUAUAACAAACCAUCACAGAAUCAGUCCUUUCGAGGUAAAUUCUGUUUUCAAUACAACAAAGGUGACCAGUGUACCAGAAACCCCUGCUCCUUUAGACACAGCUGUAUGCAGUGUAAAGGAAAUCACCCAAAAUCAAAAUGCUCGGAUUCAUCAAAAUCCCAGUAUUCCUACCACAAGUCUUCCAACCCCAGUCAAAAUAGAAGAAUUGAUUAAGUUUUUGGGGGGUUACGACUUGGAAAAACUUAAAAUCCUAAAAAACGGGUUCUCAUUUGGCUUUCAUUUAGGUUGUCAGAAUCUUCCAUAUUCCACCACUUCUAGAAAUCACAGUAGUGCUUAUGAACAUCAGUCAGUAAUUGAACAAUUCAUUGCCCAAGGAAUAGAGAGUAACCGCAUUGCUGGUCCAUUCUCUUCUCCUCCCUUUGAACCUUUCAUAGCAUCUCCUCUGGGUGUUGUCCCAAAAUCUGAUCCAGGCAAAUUUAGAGUUAUACAUGACCUCUCUUUUCCAAAAAAUAAUUCAGUAAAUUCUAUGUUACCCCCUGAAAAAUCCACUGUACAAUAUGACUCCAUUGAUGUUGUCACUGACCUUGUAAAAUUUUUCGGUGAGGGUUCUUUAAUGGCUAAAGCUGAUAUUCAGGAUGCUUUUCGAAUCAUACCAAUUCACCCAGACGACUACAAAUUAUUAGGGUUUCCUGGCAAGGUCAUUACUACUAUGACAGAUGCCUUCCCAUGGGUGCAUCCAGUUCAUGCCAAAUAUUCGAAUCCCUCAGCUGUAGUUUACAAUGGUCUAUGUGUGAAAAGUUAGGGGCUUUAGGUAUGUCGCAUAUGUUAGAUGACUUCUUUUUUAUUAGGUCAAAAAAUUCCAAUACGUGUAAUAGGGAUUUAAACAAUUUUCUUAGUCUUUGUGAGAAAACGGGUAUUCCAAUCAAAAAAGAAAAAACACAUCCUCCAACCACUUGUCUGAUUAUUUAUGGGAUAGAAGUGGAUUCAAUAUCGAUGGAAUGUAGGUUACCGGAACCCAAACUUGUCAAGAUAAGAGAUCAGUUGCAAAGAACAAAGAAAAGGAAAAAGAUCACUCUCAAGCAAUUACAAUCAUUAAUAGGUCUUCUCAAUUUUGCCUGUUUAAUUGUGGUCCCUGGGCGUGCUUUUUUACGUAGACUUAUCGACCUAACCUGUGGAGUUAGAAACCCCUCCUUUUUCAUUCGCUUAAACUCCGAGGCUAGAGCGGACCUACAUAUGUGGUCCUACUUCGUGGAUAAUUACAACGGUAAAUCAGUCAUCUUACCGGAUCUGUGACAUUCUUCAGAUAAAGAACUAUUGUUCACAGAUGCGUCGGGUUCAGUAGGAUUUGCAGCGGUCUUGGGCACUGAAUGGUUUGCUUUGGGUUGGGAGGCAGCAAACGAUUUAGCCAAUCAUCAAAUAGCAAUAAAAGAGCUUUUCCCGAUUGUGUUGGCACUUGAACUUUGGGGCACCAUGCUCUCAAACAAGAAAAUUUUAUUUAUGACUGAUAACUCGGCAGUGGUACAUGCAAUAAACAAGCAAUCUUGUAAGGAAAAAACACUUAUGAAACUCAUUCGACGACUCGUCCUCACAUCCCUUACUCAUAACAUCUUUUUUAAGGCAAAACAUAUUGCUGGUAAGAAAAACACAUUAGCAGAUCAUCUUUCGCGUUUCAAAUUUCAGGAAGCAUUCACAAUAGCUCCACAUCUGAAUCAACAGCAGACACAAGUGCCAAAAGACCUUUUGAGCAUAUGAGUCCAAUCUGUAGGAAGUUAUUGGCUGCUGCCCUAUCUACAUCGACAGUUGUUGCAUACCGCCGCAGCUGGCAACUGCUCCUAUCUUGGAAAACUGAUAUAACCUUUCCCAUUUCAGUUACUGAUAUAUGCAAUUUCAUUGGCUAUUUGUUUUCCAGCAACUAUUCCUCUAGUAGUAUAGCUUCACACAUAUCAGCUGUUAGUUACGUCCACAAAGUACUGAAUGUCACUGACCCUACUCAGGCCUUUGUGACCAAAAAGAUUAUCAAGGGUUGCCAGGCAUUGGGUCCAACAAAAGAUACUCGUCUCUCUAUUACUGCUGACAUUCUACAGCAGUUGUUAAAUGCCCUAAAUCACACUGUAACCCAGUAUUUUCUUAGGAUUAUGCUACGUGCACUUUUCCUGCUAGCUUUUCAUGCCUUCUUGAGACUUGGGGAGAUUACAGCUAAAUCGGUCAAAUCCAGUAAACAUCUUUUACAACGCCCGGACAUAAGCUUCGAAUAUCAGGGUACUACUUUGUCAGGGGUUCAAUUAAUCAUGAGGGAGUAAAAGACUAACAAGCAUCAUACUCCUUUAGUUAUUUCCCUUCAGUCGGCUACCGAUUCAGCUUAUUGUCCAGUCCAAGCCUUGUUCACCUACCUGCAGUUCUUCAAUCACAGGGUAGGUCCUCUAUUCCAAACUAUGGAUGGCUUACCUGUCACAUAUUCAAAAGUUACUUCAUACCUGAAAACCGCUAUCCAGUUCAUUGGCCUUGACCCAAACAAUUUCAAGGGACAUAGUUUUAGGAUUGGCGCUGCCACACAUGCUGCCUCUUUAGGUUACUCGCAAAACAUUAUUCAAAAACUAGGCAGGUGGAAUUCCGAUGCAUUCCGUCGGUACAUUCGCAUACAUUCCUUCAGGAUUUAAGUAUAUAUCUCAACUAGACAUACAUGUAUUCAAUACGAGACAAGGCUGUCUGUGGUUCAUGUACUCUCCCCUACAUAAAACACGCCGGUUAUCGCAUGUUUCAUACAGUUUAGAAGUAGUCUACUGUAGGCACAUGCCUCUGUUUUCAAAUACUGUGCAGAAGUAGUCUGCGGUAUAAGGUCAAUUCCCGUAGUUUUCAAAUACUGUGCAGAAGUAGUCUGUGGUAUAAGGUCAAUCCCCCAGUUUAUUCUAUGCCUAGUUUCUUGCAUGACACCUCAAUACUGGUCAGAAGUAGUCUGCUGUACAUGUAUUUAUGUCCUUAUCAUAAGUUAUCUCCAUCCCAAGUCGCGCUCAUCACCCGGCAUGACAGAAGCGGUCUGUUGCCUCAAUGCCUUUCGUCAAGACUUUUUUGCUCCAGAGGGGUUUAAUUUAGGAUUUUGUUAAUAAUUUUUCUUAUUUUAGUCGUUUGCCCUGCUGGUUGUCGUGUUGUAUCCUAAGUGAUAUUUGGGACACUGUCGUGAUAAUUUUGUUUUCUUUUGUGAUGUACAUAGUGUUUUUACUGUUUAGGUUGAUAACACAUUUAUAUCUAUAUAGUUUUUCUUUUGUACAUAGAUGCUUACUUUUCAACUGAGAAGUUCUUUUUUCAUUUUGCCAAGUCGCCUUUGGGUGGGUGGAUCCAAUAUGCUAUUGGAUUUGUGGCCUGUAGUUUUUACAUUACCCACCUUUUUUGUGGACAGGCAGGUUGUGUUGUUUAGAUAACAGAUUAGUUGAUUCUCAUAUAAUUUUAUGUGAUGUUUGUUGGGGGUCAUGUUUUUGGCCCCCAUAUAUCUUUAUGUUAGAUUUUGCUGGGGGUCAGAUUGCACAAUACUUAUCCAAAGACGUUUACCAAUGUUUUCUAGUCUUUUCUGACCCCCAUUAUUUUGUCAAGUUUCAUUUUCGUCAUUUUAUUAAUAAAUGACAUUUUUUCAAUUCAACACUGUGUUACUGGUUCUGCCUGUCAUGCCAAAAAACAAGCCUAGUCUACUUGGCAAGGUUAAGCUGAGGCUAACGGAACAUAAAUAAGUUAUUAUUUAAUACGAAGUGAAAUAAUAACUUUUAUGUGACAUGUCCAUGUAUUUUUCAUGUACUUAUAUGUUCCUAUUUUUACAUAGUUCUGUUGACAUUAUACUACACUGUUCAGGGUCUGGGUUUACCCAAGCUGCUGUUUGGAUGUUUUAAACCAAUCAGAGUGGAACCUUUCUACCAUGUGAUCAUUGUUCUUUGUUCUACUAGAAGGAGAAGCCACACAAAAUUUUGCUACGAAAAUUAUUGUUACCCACCAUCCAACCCCAGUACUACCUCCUUUGUAAUUGUUUUCUGCCUGUAUUGUUCCAUUACCCACCUGCCUGUAGUUUUUACAUUACCCACCUUUUUGUGGACAGGCAGGUUGUGUUGUUUAGAUAACAGAUUAGUUGAUUCUCAUAUAAUUUUAUGUGAUGUUUGUUGGGGGUCAUGUUAUUGGCCCCCAUAUAUCUUUAUGUUAGAUUUUGCUGGGGGUCAGAUUGCAUAAUACUUAUCCAAAGACGUUUACCAAUGUUUUCUAGUCUUUUCUGACCCCCAUUAUUUUGUCAAGUUUCUGGACAGGCAGGUUGUGUUGUUUAGAUAACAGAUUAGUUGAUUCUCAUAUAAUAUUAUGUGAUGUUUGUUGGGGGUCAUGUUUUUGGCCCCCAUAUAUCUUUAUGUUAGAUUUUGCUGGGGGUCAGAUUGCAUAAUACUUAUCCAAAGACGUUUACCAAUGUUUUCUAGUCUUUUCUGACCCCCAUUAUUUUGUCAAGUUUCAUUUUCGUCAUUUUAUUAAUAAAUGACAUUUUUUCAAUUCAA